AUGGCGUCCGCAUUCGGUGGAGGGGCAGUAGAUCCCGAGACGCUGUAUACCAAGCAGGCUUGUAUUGGAGGAGGCAGCUUCGGAAAGGUGUACAAGGNNGGUGAUGUCGAGAAACGUACCGGCCAAGCUGUCGCUAUCAAAGUUAUAGACGUAGAAAACGCUGAAGACGAAGUCGACGAUAUCAUACAGGAGAUCUCCAUCCUCUCUGGCCUCAACUCUCCCUACACGACAAAAUACUAUGGAUCAUACCUCAAGGGCUCCGACUUGUGGAUCAUUAUGGAAUACUGCUCAGGUGGUAGCUGUGGUAACCUCAUGAGACCUGGCAGUAUCCNNCCUGAGGAUUACAUUAUCAUCAUCAUUCGAGAGUUGCUCAUGGGGCUGGAAUACCUGCACAAUGACAACAAGCUUCACAGAGACAUCAAAGCUGCAAACAUCCUACUCGGCUCCAACGGACAAGUCAAGCUUGCCGAUUUUGGUGUUUCUGGCCAACUCUCUGCCACCAUGACCAAGAAGAAUACAUUCGUUGGAACCCCUUUCUGGAUGGCCCCAGAAGUUAUCAAGCAGUCGGGAUAUGACCACAAGGCCGACAUCUGGUCUCUUGGUAUCACUGCUCUCGAGCUGGCCUACGGAGAACCCCCAUAUGCCGACAUCCAUCCCAUGAAAGUUCUUUUCCUCAUUCCGAAAAACCCUCCUCCACAACUCGAGGGUGAUUUCAGCCAAUCUUUCAAGGAUUUUGUCAAUCUUUGUUUGCGCAAGGAGCCUAAAGAGAGACCAAGUGCCAAGGAGCUCCUCAAACACCCGUGGAUUCGCAGAGCCAAGCGAACCACAUAUUUGACUGAGCUGAUCGAAAGAUACGAAAGAUGGCAGGCACGUCACGGUGGCCGUGAGGAAGACGACGAAGACGUGCGUGACGCCUCGCCUCCACGCAGCUCUGAAGAAGAAGAUCUUUGGGAUUUUGGUACGGUUCGACCCCUUUCUCGAAGAGCACCAGGGCUGAAGGUCAUGAAUGAGGCCGCCAUGAACACUCGCAAUCAGACAUCCGUCCCUGAGCCCCAGUCUCCCACCAAGCAGUCUGCUUCUAGAGUGGGUGAAGAGAACUCCACUCGUCGCACUGUCCGAGCAGCACCCAGUAUGCCACCACCGCCAUUGCCCAGAGAUCUAUCUCCCUCGAAGCGACCAAGCUCAUCGUCAGGUGCUGUGCCGCCUUCUCCCAGUGUUGCUGCUCGAGUCCCUUUACCUGCUUCACCCAUCAAGAUAGUGACGUCGCAAGCACCAUCUGAGACUCCGCGCACUCCACAGUCGACCAACUCAAGACACGUGAACAGUCAGGCACAGUUGAAAUCGACACCGCAACAGAUCAAUGAUGAUUUCAUCCAGCAGUCCAUUGCUGCAGACAUGUCUUCUUACAUGAAGGGUCUCUCUCUGAAUGAAAGAGCCAAUGAGCCAGCCAGGCCUUCAACACCAUCUAUGCAGAAGCAGAACAGCGCAUCGAACUAUAGCCUUUCAAGAUCUCCAGAGAAGACAACUUCCACUCCGUUCCCACUCGAGAGAACGUCGUCUUCGCUGAGCGUUCAACAGCAGCAACAGCAAGCACAACAGACACGACUACAGCAGCAACAGCCUCUGCCGGCAUUGGCGCCUCGCAAAUCAAGCCCUUCCGAGUGGCCUGGAAAUACAGCAACGUCGAAAUCACAAGCAUCAGAACCCCAAGUCAGAUCGAGACAGGACUCUGACGCUUAUACUAGAGCAAGACAGGACUCUGACGCUCAUACCAGAGUAAGACAAGACUCGGACGCUCAGAUGAGAGCUAGACAAGACUCGGACGCUCAGACGAGAGCUAGACAAGACUCGGACGUCCAAGCCAGAUCGGACGCGCAACUCAGAGCCAGACAAGGCUCUGACGCUCAACUCAAGCCACAGCAAUCCUUCGACUCCAUGCAGAGCAGUUCGUCAAGCAGCAGACCCUCUUCUUCGUCUUCGUCUUCAAUGCCCGGACCUUCGCCCCCAGCCCAGCCCCAAAACGACGAGAUCACCGCUCUAUCAGGUGUAGUGAUUCCUGCUCUCGAAGCCGCUCUCCACCGCCGCGCAUACCAACUCUCGUUGCUGCAAAAAUCGGCAAACACACAGAGUAAAGUUGCGCCUUCUCCUCAGGACAUUAUGCUCAAGAGACAGGCACACGAACAGAUCCGCAGACUGGUUUCCAAGGUGGGUCGUUUGAUGAAGGAUAUCGAUCACUGGGACAGCGUUGCGCCCGUCGGUAUGGGCGAUGGCGUCGAAGGGUUCCUCGAAGGUGUGUUGGAAGAGGUCUUGUGUCGCGUGGAGGCAGAAGAUGCUUGA